AUGGUUAAUGCUUGGGGAGCAACUAAAAAACUAGAUACGGUUUGUUAUGCAGAGUCAGUGCAUUGGACUGCCCGAGCUUCCUACACUAGUGUCUUGUUUCAAUCGGCACGUUGCUCUGAAGUCCCACAAGGCUUCUCUCUGUCAUUAGAUCUUCAAGUUGAUUUUGUUUUCGCGUAUCAAAAAGCAUUGGAGCUUCUCGACUUGUGUGAUGAGUGGACAUCCCCUGAGCACAGAGUUGCUGGGGGCACCGAGCUUGAGGCAGAGUUAAAUGGCUGGCUGCAUUCCCAAGGAAGGAGGGCUUUUACUCUCGGUGGUGCGGCUCCCCGAUUCCAGGUGCCUCAUGCUUCACCCGUCGUCGAUGAGGAGAUGCAGACCCUACUGGCUCUGGCAGUGAGUCACACGAGCGGGAAAGCGAACGACCAAUUCAGAAGGUGCUACACUCUUCAGAGCCACGACCAUGCACAAGUGCAUAGUGUUCACGUGAACGGUGCUGUCCUUUGUGCUUGCUGGCAUAUUUGCUUUGUUUGCUUGAACACUUAUGGUUGGCCAUUUGCUUGCAGGGCUGAGAGCGACCAUGCAAUUUUAGCGUCUGAACAGCAUACAUCUCUUGGGCUCAGCCAAGGCAGUUUUAUGGUGCCCGUGGUAGAUGUAUACCAUAGGCCAGGGUCAGCUCCUGUCUUCACUGCGAACAGCCGUGUAGUGCAUAGAGGGCGCUCUGGUGAGCUUUCAAGUCCUAAACUGAGGCGUGGCUCUACGCAGGCAGCGCAAGGGGGCGCGUCCCCAGGAAGCCCGGCGGAUUCAUUCUUUACAGCUAUCUUCGGGCUACUGCUACCGGUAAUAUUGGCGUCUGCGCUCAACGACACCACAAACUCUACCAAGAACGACCACAGCCACAAGCACCACAACAAAUACCACAGGCGCCACCACCACCAUGAACACCAGAAACACGAGCACCAUCAUAAUGACAAGCGUCGGCGAGAGCAACAGGAGUCAAGCAGCCACACCCACGUUGGCUCAAUUCUCCACCGCUCUACCGUUGGGUCGGCCAACACCGCGGCCCCCAACGAGGCGGUUGGAAGAGUCCUGGGCAACAACUUGCUAGCUGGGAUCUCUGAAGCAACAGAUGAAUCCUCCAGCAGCUACAGAAGCGGUGCCGGGUGGGUCAUCUUGACAGGCUUGGCAGUGCUUGGGUGCAUGGCCACAGUAGCAGCCUGGCGCGCCCUCUUACUUAAAAGGCUGAGGACCAAAAACGCCUGGAAGGCUGAAGACACUCAGCUCAUGACAAGACCCCACGCUCAGUGA